AUGGCUGAGACGAACCUUUACGAGACUUUGGGCGUCGCGAAAGACGCGUCGCCGGAUGAAAUCAGGAGAGCUUACAAGAAGAGAGCCUUGCAGACUCAUCCCGACAAGUUAGGUCCCAACAUUACACAGAAGGAGAGGGAGGCGGCGGAGGAACAGUUCCGCAAAGUCAACCAUGCAUACGAGGUUCUGAACGAUACCGAGAACCGGAAGAUUUACGAUCUCUAUGGCAGAUGGCCUCCGCCAGAUGCCGUCCCCGAGCCCAGGCCAAGUGCGGGCAACCGCCAGGCCGACCCUUUCAACACUUUCAACACCCGCUUCCACGAUCCAUUCUUCGACUUCCCCGAUCCAUUCCGCGGUACUCGCCGCCACUUCGCCUUCACCGACCCCUUCGAGCUGUUCAACUCCAUCUUUGGCGAUUUGCAUCGCGGACCAUUGGGCGGCUCAUUGUUCGAUGACCCUUUCUUCGAUGACUUCCCAUCUCCGUUUGGUGGCGCUCGUCGGAACAGGGAUCCUUUCGACAGUUUCGGCCGCGGCUCACUCAUGUCGCCAUUUGGCGGCCUCCUCGGUGGAAGCAUGUUCUCGCCCUUCCAGCAAAUCAUGGAUAGUCCCAACGCGAACGUGCGGAGUGCAUCUUACAGUGCUAUAGGCUACGACAACGGGCAGGAGCGCAGGUGGGUAAGCCAAAGUAGGAUGACCAGAACAAUCAACGGGGUCACCGAGAGUGUGUGGAAGAGGACCGAUUCUGAUGGCAACGAGCAUGUUACGUUGACGUAUCCUGACGGACGGCAACGGUACACUAUCAACGGCGUCGAACAGCCGUCACCUCAGGACAAUCGGUACCUCCAGGGAGCACCUCAAGAGUCCCGUGCCGACCGUUACCUGCCUGCUUCGACACAGCGGAAUGUCGAAGGCCCCGUCGUACCCCCUCCGUUCAGUGCCAAUAAUGCGUACCAGCCAGAGCCGAAGCGCCCAAGGCCAGAGUAUGCGUACGAGAAAGAGCCCCGUCGCUCAUCAUCCGUGCACUCUUCUCACUCGAAUGCUCCCUCUCGCCACUCUCAUCAUUCCCACCAUUCCCAUCACUCGCAAACUCCCUACUAUCCUGCGAGCCGCCCUCGGGGUGGUUACCCAGAAUCCCACCGAGACUCGAUGCCUGAUGCGGUGGGACCGCACGAGCCCGUUAUCCCUGACCAGAGGUACUCAGUGCCUAUCCAGGACCAGCCUCCUCUGUCUCACUACGCGACCCCUCCGCCUACCAACAACUAUGCUCCGCCGCCGUCUCAGGCGCAGUACAACCAAGCGCCGCCGCCAAGCAAUUACUACAACCGUCCCCGCGAACCCGUGAGGGACUACCACGACGAGAGCUCCCAGCACAAGAGGCACUGGUGGAAAUGGUGGACGGAUGCGGGGUCACGUCUGAGCAAACUCUUCAAGAGGCAUCAUCAUGAACAUAGUCGUCAUGAAACUACGAAGACUCAUUUCACGAGGAUCUGA